UGGACUCCUCAAUCGCUGCACCCUCCAGCGGUGAACGUUGAGCGCUCAGCUCCGCCCAAUCCCCGCCGUAAUUCGGUGAAAGUGAAACUCGGGCGGAACGGAAGCUGCUGGUUCGUGUUGUUGGGUUUACAACGAGAGAGAUUCGGGCCCGGGUUAGUGAAGACAGAGAGACACCAUGAGCCGGGUGAGGAGCUCGCUGCCGCCGCUGGUCCCGGUGUUCGUGCUGCUGACUCUGGUACCGCUCUCAGAACAAGGUGACCUAAUUGUGUCGAUGAACUCAGGAACUGUGAAAGCCACUGUAAAUAAAGAUAUUGUUCUGAAGUGCCAAGUUUCUGGCUACAGUCAAGAUCUUGACCUUAAAAGCAUGGGAGUUCAGUGGUUCUACCAAAAAUCUGGUUCUCCAGAUUCACAGAGACGAGAGAUAUAUCAAUUUGUUGGAGGCAAACAUACACCAUACAGAGAAGGAGCUAGAAUUAUUGACGCUCAGUUGAAGAAAGGAAUUGCUUCCCUUUUUCUUCCAAGAGUCCAGUUUGAUGAUGAAGGAGAUUACACUUGCGUUGUUUUUAUAACCCCAGACAAUGGAAGUGGAAAAUCUUCAAUGACUGUUUCAGCACUGCCAAAGGUAAGCUUAUCUUCAACUGCGAUCACAAUUGAACAUGGUACGGAGAAAUCAGUGAAAUGUGACAGUGUUGAUUUCUAUCCUGUCUCAGUUGAGAUGGGUUGGAUACAGAAAACAAAAAAUGAGGAACGAAUACUUUCACAACACAUCUGCACAGGAUCCCCAGUUCAACAUCAAAAUGGAACCUAUAGUGUUUCCAGCCGACUGAGAUUGCGCCCCACCCUGGAAGACAAUGGCAAUAUUUAUAUCUGCUAUGUCAAACACCCAUCGCUUAAUAAAGACGUAAAAUUGGAAGCCCAGCUGACUGUCAAAGAGCCAGAAGUUGUUGUACCAGUAGGGAUAAUAACUGGAUGUGUCAUCGUUAGCAUAUUGGCAUGUACAGCAAUUGCGGGCAUUGGAUUUUUUGUGUACUUCAAGUACCUUAAAAAAGUUCCUCCAAAAGUUUCUGAUAUCAGCCAACCUCCAAGACUUAUACAUUUUCAAGAGGCUCUUCUGAAUUGUCAGAUUUCUGGAUAUAGGCCUGAGAACGUUUCUAUUAGUUGGUUGUUACAAAGAAGAGAUGAUAGAGCACCAAAGGAAAUUUAUUUAUGGAGCCCUACACCUCAGACCCUACAGAAUUCAGGAGGAGAUGAGCAGAAGAAACUUAUUUCAAACUAUACAUAUCAAACUGAAGAAGAGGAUAAAUCCUUCAAGUUUAAGGUGCCAACUGUUAAAUGCAACAAUGAUGGUAGCUCCAGUGUGAAUUGCAAAGUUUUGUUCUGGCCUGAUAUUGAAACUGAUAAUGGAGCUGUCCUCCAGGUUAAAGUCCACCAUAGCACUCUCAAUAUGCCUAUAAUUAGGAAGACUUGUCUGAAAGUUGAAGGUGUCGGACCAAGAAUGACUGAUCCAGUGAUACCAGGAUGUAUUAUUCACGAAGAAGUGCUUGCUGUGACUUGCCCAAUCAAUGGAUUUAAACCUAGACCGCUGGCUAUCAACUGGUACAAAGAAAAGAACUCAAUAAGAAAAAAGAUUGGGAUGGUUCAACCAGAAGGAACAGGGUUCAUUGAAAUAACAGAACCAGGGCAACACAAGUAUACCCACAGCAUAACUGAGCUGAAAUAUAAAGACCACACGCACACUGUUGCCAGUGCUUUGUAUUUUAUACCAACUAUUAAUGACGAUCAUGAAGCAGUAUAUAUUUGUGAAGUAAUACAUCCUGCCACAGAUACAACAUUAUAUAAAACAAUUAAGCUAAAUAUAACAGCUAUCCCAAAAUAUAAUAAUAUAAAACUGUCACCAGAAGUUCCAAUUGUUGAUGAACAAACAACUGCAUCUUGUCGAAUAUAUUCAUUCUUUCCAGUAGACAUUAAAGUUAUCUGGAAAAAGAACGGUGUGGUAUUAAAGGAAAUGAAUGCUGAUAAUGAAGCAAACUAUGGAAAGGAUGGCCUUUAUUAUUUCACAAGUCGUUUCAAAUUCAUUCCUGACAGAGAAGACUUGGGGAAGACAUUAACUUGUGAAUUCCAGCAUAGAAGCAUCACAGGAUCCAAAAAAACUGAAUAUGUACUGAAUCAAUUAGUAUCUCCACCAUUAGUAAGAUACAUAAGAAGUGAACCACUUUUCCCAGAGGCAGGAAAAGAAGCAACCAUCAUUUGUCAUGCGUAUGGCUUCUUUCCAAAGGAAACAAUGUUCAUGUGGUUCAGAAAUAAUGAGAGAACUGAUGAUGCAGAAAUCACUUCGACUGAACCCCAGAAAGAUGAACAAACUGGCUUCUUCUUCUGUGAAAGUCGAUGGAAAUUGUUAAUUAAGCAAGAAUAUCACCAGAUGGAAUUCAAAGUUGAGGUUUUACAUUUCCCAACUUCUCACAAGCCUUCAAGAUCUAGUUUUAUCCUUCAUCUCGGAGGAAUUCCAGUAGUUUCUGACAUCGUUCUGGAGCCAGAAGUUCCAUCCUGUGGACAGCGUCUUGUUCUUAAAUGCCAAGUAAAAAAUUUUUCUGGAAAUGAAUUGUCUGCCAGAUGGCGAAUGAAUAACAAGUAUGUCUCCAGUGGAGUCACAACCACAGAGCCUAAGAAGGAAGAAAGUGGCUAUUAUCAGUUAGUUUCCAGCAUGGAGCUAACACCAACAGCAUUGGAUGAUAACAAGGAAAUUAUAUUUGAGGUGACACAUGAAGCUUUGCCCAAACCUAUUCAAAAGCAUCUAUGUUUGAAGCUUCCAGGUUCUCCUCCCACUCUGUCGGAAAUCAAAUGUAACCCAAUGCAACCAGAGAAAAACAAAGUGGCAACUUUUACCGUUGAACUGACUGAUUAUGCACCUCAAGAAAUUGAAAUCAGGUGGUUUGCAGGAGAGCAGCCCUUCACAGGUCCGGUGGCUCAUACUAAACCUGAAGUGAAUAAAAAUGGUCUCUUCUCAUCUGUAACAAGUAUAGAACUUACACCAGAAGAAUCUGAUCAGGGCAUAGGAAUCAUCUGUGAGGUUAUUCAUCCAGAAACCCAAGAAGUGAUGGAAAAAAAUAUUCAUCUGGUUUUCUAAGAUAAAUGUAAAGACUUUUUGCAUCUGUUUUGAACACAGGACGAAUUUAGACGAUGCAAGUUUUAGUUUAACUUGUUUGCACACAAAUGGCACUUACCGUUCUGCUUUAAACACUAAUUUUGUAUAGCUGGUUAAUAUUAAAACAAAAAAAAAUCCAGUUUGAAAUUAUUCAUCAUUUGAAUGGUUCAGAAUAUAAUUUCUUGACCUGAAAUGUUAUACUUGUUCAGUAGGCAAAUUAAAUAUUGUUUGUUAUAGCCAGCAGUUAAAUUUGGGGUGGUAGGCUCAGUUAUAUGUUAAAACAGCCGACUUUGACUAAAUUAAUUUCCAUUACUUACAUUUCUUACCUCUUUACCCUGUGAGUUAGGGCAGGACUUUCAGUUGACUACUAUCCAGCAGAUUUUUAGAUGAGGAUUAUUCCCAGCUGCAAUGUUCUUCACAGGGAAAUACCCUGCCUAAGUAUUAUCAAUCCUCACACAUGGAUUGAUCAUGUGGGUGAGCUAAGCCAUUAUAAUACCAGAUGUUAGAAAAAAAUAAAUUUGCUGGAAAACCUCAGCAGGUCUGGCAGCAUCAGAGAAGAUAAAUUAGAGUUAAUGUUUGGGGUCCGGUAAUCCUUCCUCAGAAUUGAUGGUAACUAGGAAAAUGUUGAUUUUAUGCCAAAGAUGGGGUGGUGGGAUGUAGGGAGUAAACAGUAGCGAUAGAGUUCAAAGAGAGAGAACAGCUGGAUAGACACAGGAGUGGAUAACAAUCUGGCUAGGAGGAUGAGUUACUACUAACGGAGACUUGUUUGUGUCAAUAAUGGGUUGUGUGUAAUAGCAGACUGAUAAAAGCGAAAUCAGAGUUAACAUUUCAGAUCUUUCUGAGAGAUCUAAAGAAGGGUCACCAGCCCCGAAACAUUAACUUUGAUUUUGCUUCACAGAUAUUGCCAGACUUGCUGAGUUUUUCCAGCAGCUUCUGCUUUUGUUUCUGUUUUACAGCGUCUGCAGUUUUUUUGGCUUUUAUCUGAUAACAAGGCCUGGUGUGUAGGGUGGGGGCUAGGACAUAGGAGAGUUCAAACUCUCUAUAAAGUUAUUGAACUCGAUAUUGGGCAGAGUCCCCAAGUGAAAAAUGAGGUGUUGUUCUUCCAGCUUAUGCUGAGCUUCACUGGAGCACUGCAGCAAGCCCAAGACCGGGAUAUUGACCAGGGAACAGGGUGGUGUGUUAACGUGGCAGACAACUGGAAAUUCAGGGUCAUAGGUGUUCUGUGAAGCAGUCACCCAGUCUAUGCUUCGUUUUCCCCAAUGUAGAGGAGACCACAUUGUGAGCAGCAAAGGCAGUAGACAAGAUUGUGUGAGAAAGAGAUGGGCAGCAAAAUAAUAAUGAGAAAUUUAGAGUUUCAAUCAGAAAACUGUCAUUUCAGUGUACUAACUUGUGUGUCAAGGCCACGCAGAUAGGGGCUCUAUUCAUGGGAGUUUAGAAGAAAGAGAGAUGAUCUCAUUGAAAGAUAUAGGAUUUUAUGGGGCUUGACUUGGUAAAUGCUGAGAGGAUGUUUCUCCUUGUGGGAAAGUCUAAGACCAGAAGAUAGUAUCAGAAUAAAGGAUUGCCAAUUUGAGACAGAUCAGCAGGAAUUUCUCCUAAGGGUUAAGAGUCUUUAGAACUAUUUGCCACAGAAAGCUGUGGGGAAGAUUCAAUAUCUAUAUUUAGGCUAAGAUAGAUACUUGAUCAGUGGGGGAAUGAAAGGUAACAGGAAAAAGGCAGCAAAGUGGGUGUGAGGAAUGCCAUCAGCCAUGAUCCUAUUAAAUGGUGGAGCAGGCUUACGGGGCUGAAUCGACUUCUCCUGUUCCCAUUUCUUAUGGUCUUGUGGAAAUGCCAGUUUGCUACAAAAAAAGUUAAAUGAGACAUGAAACUGAUAUCUUUUCUGGUGUCACUGUUUCAUAGAGGACAUCCCAAUGUCCUGGUGAAUAUUUAAUCUUCAGUCAGCAUCACAAUACAGUGUUAUCUGAUCAUUACUGUGACAUUACUAUUUGUGAGAACUUUACUUUUUUGCUAUGUAAUAUCACCAUCACAUUAAACCAUUGGGCAUGAACUUAAAGAUUUCCAGUGGAUAUAACAUGGCACAUUGAUAAAUAACUUUGUAUUUAUAAUAAGGGGAGGUGAAACUUACUAUUUGGCACAACUUAGGUAGAGUUUUAUUGUUAAAAUGUGUGAGACUGUUAAACAUUUGAGAAAAAUAAAAGGUGUGAAGGUGUUUUUCAAUUUUAGCCCAUUCUGGAUCACUGAAUUUGAUGUGCACAUCAUUGAGAAAAUACAACAGCAGUUUUAGAUUUGCAAUUCAUUUCAGUUCUCCAAUUGUACAUGAGAUUUCAUCAAAUUUUGUUAUAUUUCAAGGCUGACUUUAGGUAUGGAAUUCUCUAUGUUUUGUCCAGAUUUUUAGAAGUACACAUCUCUUCCUAUGCAAACUCAGACUGAAUGAAGCAGGUUGAUUGGCAAAUUUUUUUUUUCCCAAAAGAGUUUAGUUACAAUGGAAUUGUUUUGCAGUCUGUAAAUCCAAGAUUUAUCAAUUUGUUCACUGAAUCACAAAGUAGACAAGCUAUUGAUCACGACCAGUAAAACUCAACCUCACCCCAGGAAUUUCGUCAAAUUUGUUACCAUAAUGAAAUUACUAUUUAUUGUAAGACUGUCAUUUGUAAAGUUGACAUAGAUACUUUUUUAAAAAAAUGAAUUAUAGAGACAAAAAAAAACAUGUUUUGUCACUGGUAUGGAUUAUAACUUUAAAACUCUACUUUUGGAACUGGAAAAUGUGUUAAUAGCAUAUUUUAAUAAAUGAAACAA